AUGAACCGCAAUGAAAAGUCAGCCAAGGAAAAGCAGUUGGCAAAUCAAUCCAUGGGACGUACAUUGAAGAAUCUGGCACGUAUUUUUGGCAUCAUUCGAGUACCGGCGAUUGCACAGUUUCUUGUCUUUUUUGUGUCGCUCUCAGUGUUUCCAGGUUUUGGCUGCGCAGCGUCGCGGAAUCUGUACCCACCAUUUAACGACGAAGCCCAUGACCUCACGGCUACAUGGUACUGUUCCCCGGGUAUCAUUGGUAGCUACAAUUACGGCGAUUUCAUUGGUCGUAUUUUGUGUACGACGACAGUGUACCGCGUCGUGACGAUGGGAUGGGCACUACGAUUAUCAUUGCUCCGCAUUGCCUUCAUUCCGCUGCUACUUAUCGGCGUGGCUGGCACGUCAUUUUACGCGUUUCCAUUCGGUAGCAUGGGUGCGUUGGCCUUCAAUAUUGUCAUCAACUUGUUCAUUGGCAUAUCUACAGGUUUGCUUUCGACUGUUACAAUGGGCGUAGCGCCUCGAAUGUUAAAGCCUGAGGAUCGCGAAUCGGGCGGAGCCGUCAUGGUAUUUUUCCUCUUUCUAGGGAUCGCCACGGGCUCCACGUUUGGUUUCCUCAUCAGUGAUAACGGGUGGCUUGGUCUGUAG